AUGGUAGCACCAGACAUUGAAGUUGUUCGAUUUGCUUCGAAUUUCGAGUACCUUGAAGGUGAGUUCUUCUUGCAUUCUGCACUUGGGAAAGGGAUCGACUCCAUUAAUCCAAAUUUAGCAUUUGGAGGACCACCACCAAUUGGUGCUCAAAAGGCCAAUUUAGAUCAUGUUACUGCUAAGAUGGCCGAGGAAUUUGGAAAUCAAGAAAUUGGGCAACUAAGGGCUGUAAUUGAGGCAGCUGGUGGAAGAGGAAUUAAAAGGCCAUUGUUGAAUCUAAGUAAAGAAGUAUUUUCAGAUAUAUUUGACAAAGCAAUAGGGUUUAAGUUGAAACCAAGAUUUGAUCCAUAUUCAAAUUCCAUCAAUUUUCUACUUGCUGCCAAUUUGUUCCCUUACACUGGACUUGUUGGACUUGUUGGAGCAACCCCUUUGCUUCUCCUUCCCCAAUCUCGCAAGCUAGCAGCCUCGUUGCUCGGUGCAGAGUCCGGGCAGAAUGCCGUUAUACGAACGUUACUCUACCAGAGGGCCAAUGAGACAGUACAUCCAUAUAAUAUAACAGUGGCAGAGUUCACCAAUCGCACCUCGACGCUGGCAAACAAGUUGGCGAAUUGCGGACUCAAAGAUGAAGGAAUUAUCGUACCUCGGUCGCUCGGGGCAGAGAAUCGAACCGAGAGCAACAUUCUUGCUGCAGACGUUUACUCUCGUUCAUAUUCUCAAACAGUACGAGAGCUCUUACGGAUACUAUAUGCAAGUGGUAGUGAAAGUAAGGUUGGGGCCUUCUUUCCAAAAGGUGCUAAUGGUUUGAUUGCAAGAAGCUUCCAUAGCAAGAAGCUUCCUAAUUGGAAGCAACGUAACUAA